GCGGGUGACGUCACCCGCGCAUGGACUCGCGCUGCCUGCGAGAGCUAGAGGUUGAACGCAUCGAGGUUAGAGAGAGAGAACAGCGGCAGGGCCCACGAACAAAAACUGAUUCAAACGGAUUUAUAUUCGCAAGCCAAGUCUGCACAGAGUGUGCGUAUUUCUUCCCAGCUGUCCCAAAGCCUGAACUGUCAAGAGUUACAGCAAGAGGAGGGCAGCCCAUACCCCAUCCGAGCCUUGCCAUCUAUAUAGCCAAGACUUUUUACAUGGAAGCUGCAUUAUUUGGGACUCGAUGAAAGAUGACAGAGGAGGUGAUUGUUAUAGCCAAGUGGGACUACACAGCUCAGCAAGACCAGGAGCUGGACAUCCGGAAGAACGAGCGCCUGUGGCUGCUGGAUGAUUCCAAAACCUGGUGGAGAGUCCGCAACGCGUCCAACCGGACCGGCUACGUCCCCUCUAAUUACGUGGAGCGCAAGAACAGUCUGAAAAAAACCUCGCUAGUGAAGAACCUGAAGGACACUCUCGGCCUAGGAAAAACGAAAAGGAAAACCAGUGCCCGUGAUCCCUCUCCUACGCCCAGCACGGAGGCAGAGUACCUGUCCAAUGGAAGCGUCGGAGGUGGCGGAGGUGGCGGAGCCGAGCGAAUCUAUGACCUGAACAUUCCCGCCCUGGUAAAGUUCUCCUACACUGCGGAGCGGGACGAUGAACUCCACCUUGUUAAAGGGGAGAGGGUGGUGGUCAUGGAGAAGUGCAGUGACGGCUGGUGGAGGGGGGGCCACGCUGGACGUGUCGGAUGGUUCCCAUCCAACUACGUUCAGGAAGAGGUGGGAUACGCAGACCACGACGGGGUCUUUGGAGGCCCUUUGGAUGGCUUCCGCUCCUUAAAGCUGGGGCAAGAGGUGGCCAUGCUUAAUGGACGGCCGGGGGGCUCGGGGAGCUCCGUUCUCCAUGUGGUCCAGACUCUUUACCCCUUCAGUUCUGUAACAGAGGAGGAGCUGAACUUUGAGAAGGGUGAGACAAUGGAGGUUUUGGAGAAGCCAGAGAACGACCCAGAGUGGUGGAGGUGUAAAAACAGUCGCGGGAUUGUCGGACUGGUGCCCAAGAACUAUGUGGUAGUGCUCAGUGAUGGGCCUGCGGUGAGGGGUCUGGGGACAAGUCACGGCUCUCCUCACAUCAGCUACACGGGGCCUUCGCGUACGGGUAAAUUUGCAGGAAACGAUUGGUACUACGGUAGCGUCACACGACACCAAGCGGAGUGUGCGCUUAAUGAGAGAGGAAUGGAGGGUGACUUUCUGAUACGGGAUAGCGAGUCAUCGCCCAGUGAUUUCUCAAUUUCUCUGAAGGCCGCAGGGAAGAACAAGCACUUCAAGGUGCAGCUGCAGGACGGCAUGUACUGCAUCGGUCAGCGGCGUUUCAGCAGCAUGGACGAGCUGGUUGAACACUACAAGAAAGCGCCCAUCUUCACCAGCGAGCAGGGAGACAAACUCUACCUGGUCAAGGCUCUCGCCUGAACUUAACAAACGUUACCUCUCCCCUCUACACCCAAUCCUUCCUCAACUGUCCUCCUCCUCUCUCAAACACACUGUCUCUUCAUUGGACUUCACUGAAGCCUCGAUUGAGAAGAAAAGAUCGGAGUUACUUUGCCAAGCAGCUUCAAGGACUUUGCCAUUUCUACAUUGCCUCCAAUCUUGAUAUAAAGCAGCUUGUCAUUCUUUUAAACUAAAAUGCCCUUUUUUGAUAUACAUGUCCUGUUUAGUUACGGCCACUUUUGUCAAGCUGUUUUUUUCCUCCCAUUGCUGGUAAAACAGUGUUGAUCCUAAGCUCACAUUACACUGGUUUACAGUUUACAUCUUUGCCCAUAAAAAGAGCCAAAACAGUAGGUCAGCAUCACAUGGCCACUUUUAGAAGAUGCUCACACUUGUUGCUCUUACAUAAAGAAGAGAUUUGAUUCUAAACUUAACUGAAUUCGAUCUGUGCUCUCCCAACUUCCAGCUUUUUUUGCACCUAAAAACUCCAUCCAGGAUUUGUGGAGGCAGCGAUUUGGACUUCUAUCCAAACGCUCUUAAUACUGUCACAUUGUGAAAGCAUACAGCAUUCCAGGUAUUUUAUUCAGGGUUUCUUCAGGAUCAGGCUGCAUUCUAAAGGAGAUAAAUGACUCAGUUACGCAGAAGGAAAGGAGACAGAGAUAAAGAGAGAGUAGCGUUUGAGACUGAAUGGUUUCUGUAGCCCAGGGCAGAGUUUGAAUGUGUGUCCGUUCAACCAAAUGUGCCACCCGCUUCCAGUUCAGCCUUGAUGUCUUAUCACACGCCUCACCAACACACCUGUUCUCUGCUGGCAGUAACACACAUAGUUGAUUGUGAACACUAAUUCAGAGUAAUAAAACAAAAACAAAAAACUAUGAUUUCAUGUCUUUAUUUUUGUCAUAUUACUCUCAGACUGUUUGCCAAUAAGAGUGUUGGUCAAGGGGUUUUCAGUUUUUUUAACUAUUGUCUGAAUGUUAUUGAGCAAUGUUAUUUAAUUAUUCUUUCCACUGUAUGUACAUAUAUAUAUAUAUAU